GGGGUUCGUUUAGCUAUGGCAGACCGACAGGCAAUGCAGCAGAACCUCAACGGUUUGCUGUCGAAGCUCGAUGACCCCGAUCCAGAUAUGAGAUAUAUGUCUCUGAAUGAUCUGCUGGCAAUUCUAAAUAACCCGAACUCAGCUUUUCUCUCUCACGAUCAGUACUCUUCCUCUCGACUGGCAGAUGGAUUGCUCAAGGCGCUAGAUGAUCAGCAUGGUGAUGUGCAGAAUCAAGCAUUGAAAUGUCUCGGUCCCCUUGUCCUUCGAUUGCCGUCUGAAACCCUCACGCCUCUUCUCGAGAAACUCACCAACUUGACUACUUCGCAGACUAUCGAUACCUCAGUUCCUAACACUGCCCUGAGAGUUAUCGUCACUGCUCUCCCCAGCCCCCAGCCAGGCCAGCCACCCAGUCAAGAAUCCAAUGUCGCCUAUUCGGCAGUUUCUAGAGUCUUGAUCCCUCGUUUGACCGGCCCGACGCCGUCUCCCACCGCCAGGAGGGGUUCUGUGGUGAAAGGCAUGCUAGAAAAAGACCCCUCCAAGGGAUUCAGCAGUGAUGCUAUUGAGGUUCUGAUUAAGGUUGUCACUUGCUUUGGGCCGCUCCUCAAAGAGACGGAAUUGGAAGCCUUACAAAAAUCCGUCAUGUCUAUUAUCGAUAACGACACGGCUGGUACCGUUGUCACGAAAAAGGCAUUGGCCGCCAUUUCGGCACUGGCUCUUCACUUUACAGACAACCAACUCAACUCCUUUGUGUCUGAACUCGUAGAGAAAUUCAACUCGCCCCAGCUGACUACCGUUCAUCGGCGACACUUGGUCGCUACUGUCGGUAGUAUAGCUAAAAGUGCCCCGGCCAAGUUUGGCCCUCAUCUUAAAGCCCUGGCCCCGUUUGUCUUUUGCGCCGCCGGGGAAACCGAUUUCGAGCAAGUGAGUUUGCGUCAACUAAUGAAAUCGUCUCCAAGUCUCUCUGUACCAGUAUUGUCGGCCAUGAUUCGGAUUAGAGGGAGGAGUACCUUGUUGCAAAAGCUUUGCCCAUCGCUAUUGCCAAUAGAGGAUUCCCUCCAUCUUACGUCAAUCGACAGCGUACUUUCCUUUUGCCCUGAUGUUGCUGCCAUUCUUGUCCCAGACUUGUUCCUUCCUCUAACGCAACACCAUGCCUUCCCGUCCUCGAGUCAAGCUGGCAGGUCUUUUUCUUCUUGCUCCUCCUUCAAAAUGCAUAUGCGUGGCUUUUUGUUCGUUUCAGGCCUCAGCUUCGCGGCGUGUGCGUCUGCUACAUAUCCUGUCAGCUUGAAGUCUGGUCAUCUCGCGUCUCAGUCCUUUCCCGGACCUCGAGACGAUGCAGUCCCUGGAGAGUUGAAAGGUCGUGCUGUCAGCAAUCGCUGUGGUUCCGGUUUUGGGAACUGCGCGGACGGCAAAUGCUGCUCCACUGCAGGCAUAUCUCCUUGCUACUGUGGCAAGACACAGGAUUACUGUCGCUCUCCAGAUUGCCAGCUUGACUACGGUCAUUGUGACGCCCAUGUCAAGCCCAAAGGCCCGUCCACGGAAGACAUACCUCGACCCCAUGAUGGAAAAGUACCAUAUGGCCCGACAGUGAUCCGCACGUGUAGCACUCCAGGGACCGUUGCUCUGACAUUCGAUGAUGGCCCGUGGCGUUACACCGGCGAAUUGCUCAAUAUGUUGGAUCAAUACGAGGCGAAGGUAACCUUCUUUAUCACCGGUAUCAACAACGGCAAAGGACAAAUAGAUGACCCCAAGUACCCUUGGGCAUCUUUGAUUCAACGCAUGCAGCGCGGUGGCCAUCAAAUUGCCAGUCACAGCUGGUCGCACCAAGAUUUCAGCAAAAUCACCAAAGCACAACGUUAUGAUCAGAUGUUGAAGAAUGAAGCCGCACUUCGCAACAUCUUGGGCUACUUUCCGACUUACAUGCGGCCACCAUACGCGAGCUGCGUCCCGGAGUCAGGCUGCCUUGAAGACCUCGGUGCCCUUGGAUACCACAUUAUCUUAUAUGAUAUCGACACCGCCGACUACAACAAUGACAGUCCAUCGAAGAUCCAGAAGUCCAAGGAUAACUUUGACAAUGCCUUGGCUCCGUGGAAGUCAACCGAUAAAUCCUGGCUGGUCAUCGCUCAUGAUGUGCAUGAGCAAACUGUGCACAACCUCACAGAGCACAUGCUGAAAUCACUCUCGGCCAGCGGCUACCGUGCAGUCACUGUUGGUGAAUGUCUAGGUGAUCCGGAGGAGUACUGGUACCGCCAGGUUCGCGAUGCUUCUCCCACCAGUGUACGAGUCCCCAAGAAAACGUCAACUCCGGGUAAACAGAUCUCUCUCGAUGGGAGAUGCGGUUCAAAUGUUACAUGCCUUGGGUCCAGUUUUGGUUCUUGCUGCAGUCUUGUGAAUUUCUGUGGUAACUCUACACAGCACUGUGGCGUUGGUUGUCAGCCCAGCUCAGGCCAUUGCUUCUCCAAUAGUACUGGCAACAACACAAAUUCCAGCAAACCCGAUGGGACAGAGACUAUUUGGAGUGUUGCCAACCCAACUAUGACAUCUGAAGAUGGAGAGAAGCCUGCGAAAUCCGGGGCUGGCUCUGUGAUUCAAGUUGGCUCAAUUACGGCAGCUUUGUUGUUGGCUCCGGCAGCGGUUGCAAUGAUGGCAAUUCGGACAUGA